GUCUAUAAACCCUACCGUAUUUCUCUUCUUUCGAAAACCCUAAUCUCCUUCUCUCUAUCAUUCAUCACUUCAAAGUUUUCUUCAUUCCUCUCUCGCUUAAUCUCAUCAAUGGAGUUUUGGGGUGUUGAAGUUAAAGCUGGAAAGCCUCUUAAGGUUACUCCUGAAGUGGGCAAACUUGUUCAUAUUUCCCAGGCAGCAUUGGGGGAGUUCAAGGGAAAGGGUGGUGAAAUUGUUCCACUUAGGUUGAAGAUUGAUGAUCAAAAGCUUGUAUUGGGAGCACUUUCAACUGACAAAACCCCUCAAGUGGUUUUUGAUUUGGUGUUUCACAAAGAAUUUGAAUUGUCACAUGAUUGGAAACAUGGGAGUGUUCAUUUUCUUGGAUAUGUUGCUGAUUGUCCAUUUGAAUAUCCUUUUAAAUUGUUUCAAUAUCAUGUUUAUGUUUCUCUUAUUUUAACAAUCAAUGAUUCUUGUUUGGGUUUUUAUCCUUUGGAUUCCUUGAUUCUGCUUUUUUCCCUUCCCCUACAGUAUGAAGAUGAUGAUGAGGAAGAUGAAGAACGUGUGCCCACACUCAUUCCUGAUGUUGCUAAGGUAGAGGCUGCAAAGCCCAUUGCAACCAAGGCUAAAACUGCUGCCAAGCCUGAAACAUCUUCCAAGCAAAAGGUGAGCAUUGUCGAGCCAAAAAAGGAUAGCUCUGAUGAAUCUGAUGACGACUCUGAUGAGGAUAUGGAGGGUGAUUCUGAUGACUCAGAUGAUGAUGAAGACGACUCUGAUGAUGAGGAGGAAACCCCAACUCCCAAGAAGCCUAUUAAUGACAAGAAGAGAGCCAAUGAUUCAGCUUCGAAGACUCCUGUUCAAGCUAAGAAGGCAAAGGCUGAUACCACCCCUCAAAAGAAAGAUGGGAAAAAGGUAGCUCAUGUGGCUACUCCUCAUCCUGUAAAGCAAGCAGGAAAAACUCAAGGAAAGGGACAACAAAGCCCAAAAUCUGAUGCCAAAAUCACUUGCAAAUCCUGCACCAAGACAUUCACCUCCGACGGUGCUCUCCAAUCUCAUGCCCGGGCAAAGCAUGAUGCUAAGUAGAUGUAUGUUUUUCGCUAUUGAGAUGAGUGAACAUCAUAGUUUCUGAUUUUGUUUGCGGUUUUGGGAAAACUCGAUGUCUUGUUUAUUUGAAAUUAGUAGGUUUCGUUUAUUGGAACUAGUUGCUAGUAGAACAUGAUUUGGUUUAUCUGAUAUCUAUAUUUUUGAAGAGUUAUCAACUUCUUCUAAGCAUAAGUAUUUUGCCU